UCAAUUUUUGGUGGUGACUGUCUAGUGAAAUGCUUUUCCAAACUAAUACUCUUCAGUUGAGUUAAGGUGCGCUGAACACAUUUUACUUUGGAAUAAUCGAAUUCAUUGUGCGAAAGUUCACUCAAGUGCUUAUUGAAAUUACCAAAAUUGUCAGCGGAAAUGAUUCUGAUUAUUAUUCUUACUUUGCCUACACUUGUUAGUUUCCUACACUAAAGGUGGGAGUGUCUUUGAUUGCAAUCAGUUAUAAUAUUACUUACCGUGGUCCAUGAAUAUAUAUUUUUAGUAUGUAAUGUAAUAUCCCAAUUACUGGUAACUUAAUACCAAGCUCAGUUUUGCGGAAGAUCGUGAUCAGUGAAGAUAAAUUAUUGUGCACUUGUUUGUAAAGUUUCGCAACUCCUGGUAAACAUUAUGGUAAUUUUGCAUGAUAUUAGUUAUAGAACCAUGAUUAGACUGAUAAUCCUAGCAGUAUUAUUCGUAAGUUGUAAAGCUGAUCCCAGAUCUCCGAGGAUUUAUAAUGUACUCAUAACUUCUAACAAGAAUUUGUCACCUAGUCACGCCCAACCUGUUUAUGAACCUGUGCUCAGAACGACUUCAAUAGGAUAUGCAUUUCCAUCUUGGCUCUACCCGAACCCAUUUGUACCAUCUUAUAGUAGCAGCUACAUCAAUCCCGAAUAUUCUGGGUAUAGAAAACUUGAUGCUCCACUAAUCGAAGAUAAAAAUGUCGCAUCUCAAAAUGGCCCCUAUCCAGUGCCCUUGUCUGCAGAUUCGGAGCUCAAAAAGUCAAACGAUGGGGAAAACCAGGGACAAAAUGCUGAUCACCCACUAAACUAUAGUGAAUACCUUCAAAAUGGAGGGGUGAAAGGUUCUGCCGUUCCGGACAGCUAUUCUGCAUUGGGACAGACGGAAAAUGAUCCAAAGAAAGUCAUCGCUAAUCUUAAAAGAAACCCUGAAAUUCCGGAUGUUCCUCCUCCACCUUUACCGGUCAGGGUUCCUCCAGCGAAGCAAUAAACGUCCCCAAAGGCAACAUUAUCAAAUUGAGGAUUAGUAGAGAUUUGGUAAUGCACAUCUAUGUUCAGUUUAUUUCUUAUAAGCACGCAGAGUUUUUAAUUAAAAACGAAAUUAUAUUCCCAAUGAAUUUAGGCGUUGUUUUAUUGAUUCACAUAAGAAUUGUUCACGUGUUCAAUUUAGCGGUUCUUUCAUCACCAAUUAAGCGCUUAUAUCGCAAAUUAUAUUGAUGAACUUCAGAGUUCAGUUAUUCUAUAUUUAAAAGUUACUAUUAUUCUAUAUUUAAAAGUAAAUUGGUACCUUUGGGGAUAUAGAAUAGCAUAGUUGGGAAAAGGUAAUGAAUCUACUUUGGAGGAAAAACGCUGUUUAGUUAAUGAAAGCAAUAAAACAAUAUGUCAUCUAUAAA